UUCACAAAGCCUGACGCGAUCGCAAGUUGUGCAGCUCAGAGGCACCCCACCCAUUCACAUACACGCGGUGCAUCGUCCGCAUUUCAUCGGCAAAGGAUCCCGAGACCCGGUCAGCACCAUGGCUGAGAAAACUCUCUGGCUGCUUCUCAACCGUCCGAAGAAGACGGCCAAGCCUGCGGAGGAGGCAAAGAAUGGGGACGACAUCCCCAAGAAGCUGGAAAACCUGGCAACGGAGCGCUCUGCAGCACAGAGCGUGGGCCUGCGUGUCGUCUACAUUGAGGACAUGGUCAUGUCGUUGGAGGGAGGGGUCCUGGGCAUGUACGUGACCAAAGAGAAGGUGAGCGAGUACCCCACAGCGGUGCUCGUACAGGCAGAUGCAGGCCGGGCAGGUGGGGACACGGAGAAGCUUCACACCCUGCUGUGCCACUUGGAGAGGAUGGGCAGCCGCCUCUUCAACCGCAGCCAGGCCCUCUCUGCCUGCCGCAACACAUUCCGCACGUACCAGGAGCUGUCUGGGCACGAGCUGCCACUGCUCGACACCUUCCUAUGCGAGCUGGGCGGAGACCCCCAACAGAGUUUCCGGGCCAUGGCUCAAGAGGGAGAAAAACUGGAAUACCCUAUCAUCCUGCGAGAAAGCAAGGGGCAGGAGGUAUUCUUUGCCCGGGACAAGAAAUUCCUGCACAGUCGCACGUACUUGCUGCGGCGCGAGCAGCCCUACAUGUUCCAGCGCUACGUGAAAGGGGGCGGCAGCAUGGAGGUGCUGGUGUUGGUGGUGGGCAGCAAUGUGGCUGGGGCCCAGCUCAGAUGCUGCAAAGGCCUGGAGGCAGAAGGCACCCCGGGCGAGGAUGACAAAUCAAAGGAUUGGGAGCUGAGCUCUGAAGGCAAGGAGUUGGCUCUGAAAGUGGCCAAGAUCCUGCAAGUGGACAUCUGUGGAGUCGUCUUGCAGUGCGGAGACAAUGGAUCGUUCUUCGUCACAGAAGUGAAUGCCAGCAUGGAACUGGGCGCACUCGGAGACAUCUUCAAAGAGGAUGUGGCGGGGGCUGCCCUAGACCACGUGCUGGCUUACAUUAAAAGCCAAAAGAGUGCUGCCUAAAAACAGCUGCCAUUAACCGCAAAGCAAGGCCCCGCUUAUGAAUAUAUAGCUUAUUCAUGGCAUGUUAAUGUUCCAAAGAUUACAUGUCACAGUAUUGGUUAUUAAGUGACAUACAAGUACUCAAUUAUGCCAUUGUAACAAAAACAAUCCGAGACGAAUUUUAAAUAAUUACACAUGACUAAAUUAUGACCACAAUAUUGCCUGUGUAUUCCAGUACAUACAAUACUUUUAAUAUUCCAUAAAUAAUGGAUUUUCACAUUCGUUAUCAAUUUAAUUGAGAAGCUUUUAGAUAGAUGACUUACAUUUUAAAUUGUCAUGAUUUUAGCUGUUCUCCAGCCAAACCAAAACUAAAUAUCCUGAUACUACAUAAAUUACAUUUGAAACUGUUUGACUGAUCUAGCAUAGCCAUGCAGAUAUCAUGGUUAUGUCUUUUGUUGGAUAACACAUACAUAGUUUAUUAUUCUGCAAAUGUUCUCUGUUGGUUAUACUAAUAGUUGUGUGGAGGGUUUCCACACAACUUUUAGUAUCUACGUGGCUUUACCGAAAGACCCAUAAAAUAUGUAUUCCUGCAGCCACGAAAGCUUUAAGUGAAGAUGUUAAUUAAACAAUUAAAUCUCAUCACAUCAAAUAAUACUGAUUUUGUGUAUAUACUGUAUGUAUAACUUCUUUUGCACAAUGGAGGUGCGGGCGAAGGAUAACAAACACACACACAAACGGUUACAUUUUCAUAUUGAUCUAUUUUGGAAAAGGGUGACACUGGCACUUGUAUGAGUUUGACAUUUGCUAUUGCUUAGUCACGAAAGCCUACGUGUUAAACUGCUUAGAACAUGUAUUCAUAUAUAUCCUGGCUGUUUUAUGUAUAUUGCACCUAUAAUCAUUUGUACGGUUGUGAUGACAGCUCUGCUUAUUUAAAAGAAUGAGCAAUUACUACAUGGGCAUUACGUUCCUCCCAUGAGACAUUUAAGGCACUACAACAAUUGAUCCAUAAGGCAGCGCAAGGAAAUAUUAACUUUAACACAUUUGCUUUGAUAGACCUAAGAGGUGUAGUAUACUGUAAAUGAAAACAAUGGCUGAUUUACAUUUUUGGAAGUUAUAGUUUUAAUAAUAAAUAUGCUAAUAUUAAAAGCAAUGGCGAAUAUGCAUGUAAUCGUUCACUCCCCUCAGAAAUUAAAUGUAAUUCAUCAACUGCAUUUCAGUAUCAACUGAUUUUUGUUUUUGUGCUGAUUUGCAUUGUCUUUGUAGUUUUGUUUCCUCCAUUAUCCUAAACAUGAUUUAUGGUAUUUGCAUUUAAUUUGCAUAAUCAUGAUUCUUACAAACAUGAUUCUAUGUACGCAUUGGGAACUUAAGAAGCAAUUAAUAAUAUAAUCAUUGAAUGGAUUGACCGUUUACGCAUAAUGGGCAGGGACUACAAUAUCACCAAGAAUUGACCACGGUAUAUGCUUUACUAAAAAGGACAUUGUACAAUGUCUAUAGCAGUGGUUCCCAACCUGUGCUCAGUCGAUUACUGGUGGUCCUUAAGGUCAUGCAAACUAGUCUGUGGAACUUGUGUGGAUACGAUUUAUUUUACAAAACACCAUGUUUUACUGAAUGGUAAUCCACAUAUUAUUUAAAAUGAACCCAGUUCCGUGUUACUGCAUGGUGUUUCUGUCGUUAUCU